CAUUACACGCACCAGUUUCCGCCACCACAUCUUCUGUAAGUCCUACGUAUGACCUCUUACAAAGAUUUUCUCUCGCACUACUCUGAAAAAGUCCCCCCUCCCCUUCAGUACAAAUAGUUUCAGUUCAGGAAGUUUGAUCAUUCACUGGUUUACGCAGAUAACUAGAGGAGCAGUAACGAACGGAUUAUUUGCAAUCCACAGAUUACUCCGUUGUUUUUUCUUUUAAGGAAACACCAGAAAUGUCUUCGCAGAACUUUGUGUAUGACAUUCCCGCCGGGAUCAUGGAAGAGUUUUACAGGGUGAUGGAUACUCUGGUGGAUGUGGCGUGGAUGAGGUUCGCCUCUUGUAUCAUCACAAAUCAAACAGAGCUGAGAAGCAUUGAAUCUUUCGGAAGAAGAGAACGUAGCAGAACGAAAGAGCUGAUGUGGAUUUGGGGCAUGAGACAAGGAACUGUCCAACAGCUUCUAGACCUCCUGAAUGAUAUGAAACUCUACCGAGCGAUCAAUAUUAUUCUAUCAUGGAAACCAGCGACUCAUUUCAUCACCCAGCCCAGCAGCUGUCGUAUUCCUUCAUCCCAACCUUGUGAAACAUACCGGACACCUACAUUUGCCUCCGGUCAAGAGCAGAAAGAUUCAUUUGGCCCGGAUUCGACAAACAAUGCGCGUCUCUCACAUCCACUUCCCGAUCAGAAAGCUUCUGCAAGUGAACGAAUAUCCCUUUCUGAAUCGCAGAAUGAAGAAAGCAACGGCAGAUCACCCAAGAUGGAAGCAGAUCCAUCCAACUGUGCCUGGACUUUGCAGGAUCUGAGAAAAGCCACCAAUAACUUCGACGAGAGACAUGAACUUGGCCGAGGGACAUUUGGACACGUCUACAAGGGCCGCAGGUUCAAUACUGAUUACGCGAUCAAGUGGUUAAAGGAGAGUGAAAACAUCGACUGGGAAAAGGUCCAGGAUUUGUUCCACAAGGAGGUGCAGAGCCUUUAUCGGCAUCGUCAUCCUAACAUAUUGGCUCUGGAAGGCUGCUGUGCUGAAUGUGGUGUCUUCUGUCUUAUAUAUCGCUACAUGUCCAAUGGAUCUCUGGAGAACAGCCUUCAGAACACGAACCCUGGACAUGGAAUUCCGUGGGUCACACGUGUUAAAAUUGCACUCGGAACAGCAAGAGCGAUACAAUAUCUGCACAAGAGUGAUGUGCCUCUAAUUCAUGGAAACAUUAAAAGUUCCAAUAUUCUGCUGGAUGAACAUUUCACACCCAGACUGGGAGACUUUGGCCUGGUGAAAACUGUUUCUCUCAGUACAGGUUCCAAUCACACUACCGUCAAGACCAAAACCUUACAGGGACCCCUGGCCUACCUACCCGAUGAAUAUAUUCGACACAGGCAGCUGUCUGUCAAAGUCGACACCUUCAGCUUUGGAAUAGUUCUAUCUGAGAUCCUCACUGGAAUCAAAGCCAUAGACGAGAACAGGAAGCCAGUGUUUUUGAAAGAUCUCAUGUUGGAAGAACUGGGGGCAGCGAAGGAAACGAGAAGUUCUGCUGAUGUAAGCUACAGCAUCUGUCAGAACUAUUUGGACAAGAAAGGUGGGCCAGUGCCUUUAAUGAUCACGGUUAAAUUUGCUGAAAUCGCCUGCCUUUGCCUCGGAAAGAAAAGACCUGAGAUGAACCAGGUUUAUAUGAUGUUGGAAAAUCUUGAACAUCAGCUACAAGGCUUGCACAGCACUCCUGAGGAGUUAAAGGACCUUACUUUCAAGUUCAAUCAAUUGACUUCAUGUCCACAGGAGAAUACCGAGGUGCUUAGUCCUUGUCUGGAAGGCCAGUCAUUACAUCCAGCUAUCUUCAAAUACUUGCCAGAAACGGCAUCACAAGUACUAGGUGAAGAAUUCCCAAGGACGCCUUGUGAGUCAGAUGAGUCGGACAGUUUUGGUCAUUAUCGUGUUCCAACUCGGCUCGCGCCGUUGUCUAGUGCAGGGAUGCGCAGUUUGAAACUCAAGUCCACGUGUGGUAACUCUGACUUUGAUUCGUGCCCCAAAGCAAUUGAGGAAACUUCAUCUUUCGCCAAUAGCCAUGACUAUGGAAGCAUGCCGGAAUCAGCAGCGACCCCGAGUGGCUUUGAUCAGGAGUUGCUCCAACCAAACCGACUUUGCAGGCAUCUCGAUUGGUCUGGUGCUGGUUCAGAUUGUGCUGCACUGUCCCCUCCAGGUUCACAGGAUAUAAUGGCCGAUGUUCUCACCCACAAAGAAGUCAACUACAGCAACCUCUCAAUGACGCCAUCCUGCGGGAACUCUAACGUUGCUUUGUCUCCUGGCUCACCUCGAAGUGUAUGCGAACUGACUGUGAGCAACACAGCGUCUCAACAUUUAGAAUCCUCUUCACGAUACACCUGUUGCCGAAGUUCGUUCAUUAACAAGCUGAGUGAUGGGCCACGUUGUACUUCUGAAUGCUCAACACUGUCUUCAACAUUUAGUACAGUGGGAGAGUUCUUCACUUGCUCAGACCUCACGAUCAAUCCUCACAAAAAGAAACUCCUGGAUAAGAUCCUUCUGUAUGAAGAAGAUCAGAUCGACAGCGCCCAGCUUCUCUCAGUCCAUUCGUUACCUGAAGAAGAUUGACCGAAACCAGUCCUUGUACAUAUUAUGCCAACGAUGGGAGAGAAACCGGCCUUAGAGGAAGAAGAAUAAUCUCAGAGUUAUUCCUGAGCGUCUACUAUCUACAAAAAGCUGCUCUCAUGUGCCUGCCACUUAAUAAAUGCUAGAUGUUGCGUGUUGUACUGUAAUUUUCGCCAGUGACUUCUGCUUUGAUGAUUUAGCUAUUGAACGUAACACGGGAGAACUCUCUUCACGGGUACAGAACUGUCAUUAAAACAUUCACUUCGAGCCCAGGA